AUGUCAGACAUUGUCACUUUGAACAAUGGUAUGAAGAUGCCUUUGGUAGGGCUAGGCUGCUGGAAAAUUGAUAACGAUAUUUGCGCUGAUCAAGUGUACAAUGCAAUCAAGCUAGGGUAUAGGCUGUUCGACGGAGCUCAGGAUUACGGGAACGAAAAAGAAGUGGGUCAGGGUAUCCGCAGAGCGAUCGAUGAGGGAGUCGUGGAAAGGCAAGAGCUGUUUGUAGUGUCCAAGUUGUGGAACAGCUUCCACCACCCUGCAAACGUGAGAAAGGCGUUGAAAAGGACUCUGGACGAUAUGGGUUUGGAUUAUUUGGACUUGUUUUAUAUCCAUUUUCCAAUUGCCUUCAAAUUUGUGCCACUCGAGGAGAAAUACCCGCCAGGCUUUUACACCGGUGAAGAGGAGGAGAAAAAUGGCACGAUCGGCUUGGAAAAUGUGACUAUUCUGGACACUUACAGGGCUCUGGAGAAACUGGUUGAUGAAGGGUUGAUCAAGUCAAUUGGUAUUUCGAAUUUUUCAGGGUCGAUCAUUAUGGACUUGUUGCGUGGUUGCUCCAUUAAGCCAGUUGCCUUACAGAUUGAACACCACCCGUAUCUAACCCAAGAACAUCUGAUCAAGUACGUUCAGAAUGAGGGCAUUCAGGUUGUAGCUUAUUCGUCCUUUGGCCCACAGUCUUUCAUCGAGCUGGGAAUGGAACUAGCGAAGACAACACCCAAACUGUUCGAAAAUCCCACUGUUGAAAAAAUUGCUAAGAAGUAUGGGGCAAACGUUACAGCUUCUCAGGUAUUGUUGAGAUGGGCAACACAAAGAGACAUUGCAGUUAUUCCCAAAUCCUCAAAAAAGGAAAGGUUGUUGGAGAAUUUAAACGUCAAUAAAAUAUUGACUUUGACGCAGGAUGAACUGGACCAAAUUUCAAGUCUAAACAAGAACAUUAGGUUCAAUGACCCAUUUACUUGGAACGACAAAGUUAUGCUCCCUAUCUUUGACUAG